AAUACCUCUGCCAACAAGAGAGCUCUUGAGGCAUGGUUUAAUACGUACAAAGAUGAGGAUGAAGAUGUGAUUUCUCCAGAAGGAGCGAAUCGCUUUUUUGAUGAUUUGAAUGUAUCGUUGGAAGGAAUUCAACCGAUUGUGAUUUCUUGGAAGCUCAAUGCCACUUCGAUGGGCUACUUUACAAAGGAUGAAUGGAUGGACGGCAUGCGGAAUUUAAAUGUGACAAAUAACGAAGAUCUAAAGGCAAAGAUAUUCGACAUGGAGGAAUCACUUCAAGAUGAGAGGCAGUUUAAAGAUUUCUAUAGCUUUGUUUUCCCGUUCGCCAAAACAAAAACGCAAAAGAGUAUGGAUGUCGAGGUGGCUCUUGCUCUAUGGGAAAUUGUGUUAAAGGAUCGGUAUGCGCAUGUUCCUCUUUUCAUUGACUUUAUCCGGAAACAAGAGCCGAUAAAGGUCGUCAAUAAAGAUCAAUGGACGAGUUUCCUAGACUUCUGUAAAGUUAUAUCUGUAGACCUAUCGAACUUUGAUCCGCUUUCUUCAUGGCCAGUAUUGUUUGACGAGUACGUGGAAUGGCGGCGGGACAACGGGCUGUAAAAAUUUAUAAAUUUAGUUUUGAGUGCACCGUGCGUUUUGCCUUCCUCCUUGAAUCCCUCCACCUAUGGCAUCGCUAUGGGAUUCCAUCAUUGUACUAUUAUUUCAAGCAUUCUUCUUCUUAAUCAGCUGGUCUAUUCUACCACCUCUAUUCCUUCCUCACUAUAAACCUCCGAGUCUUGUGGCCUACCAAUCUAAACACUGGCCAUUGCAACUUAUCUUCUCCACCGCUGUUUCCAGCUCAUGUAUACUUUUUGUCCUUGUUGUCUUUGGAAUUGCCGGGAUUCUCGAUGAAAAGUAAGUGUGUGGUCCAUGUGGGCUCUUUGGUGACUUU